UUGCACUACGACUUGCGGGCCCAUAAAGACCUUCUCAACGAAUCAUCAGUUUGCCGAUACUGCUUCGACGAAAGCGAGAGGGCCAUAAAAUUUGCUGACCUACAGAAGGAAGAUGAAGGAGUGUACGAGUGGAUCAGAGUAGAAGGAAGGACGGAACACACUUGUAAAUUGUAUAUAAAAGUUUACGAAGAGAUCACCAGUAUUUCCAUCAAUCAGACCACCCAUCAUCACAAUGACACCUGUGUGGUCACGUUAACAUGUACAACGCCAACAAAAGACGUAACAUUCAGCUGGAACCGAACGAACGAGGACUUGCCCCACAACAGCAGCAUAUUAGAGAUACAUCUCACGUCCGACGACGCUCAGAGCUCGUACACCUGUACGGUGAAGAACCCAGUGAGUGAACUCUCCACAACUGUCACGCCUUUCAUGAGAUGUGCAUCACCACCAGAACAAAGUCAGACAAUGCUCUACGUUGCAUUGUCCGUGGUUUCUGUGGCUGUCUUGGUGCCGAUAAUUUUGUUUUUUGUACUCCGCAAGGAAGUCCUGUGUAGGCACAAGAAGACAGGUACGUUCACUGUGACCAGUCCAGAAAGAGCUCCAGUACCAGAACCACAAACCCCGAAGGUCGAAACGAUUUAUGCUACAGUUGACAAGAAGCCGCCUGAGAAUCUCUCAUCAGCCGCAGAUACAUCCAUGACUAUAUAUGAACUUGCUGGUCACAGUUUAGCGAAGGUGUGAUGGUUUCUGACAAAUACCCUCAUAAGCACCAGAAUUCAAGGAACAUGAAAGAGCUCUUUCGGUCAAAGCGCUUAGCUGACCCGCUGUACAUUGUCUCACCCACAACUUGUUCCGACGCAAGAUGGAAGCCAACAAUCUCGCGCCAUCUUCAAACAACAUGAAGAUGCCCUUUUUGCCUUGUGGAAUAAAUGGAUUCCCAAGUCCUCGGACCUUCAUUGUCAAUAUUUUUGAAGUAUCCCAUCCCCCCUUUUUUUUGUUUAGUAUAGAAUGCCGUACUUUAUGCGUAGUUUGUGGCAGUUUGUGGCAUAUUAUUAUGUGAUAUGCGACACCCUGCUUCCCAAACUCACCCACAGAAAAAAUACACAUUAUUUGUUGAAGAAGGAAAAAAGGACUAAUUUAUCUUUAAAACCUUUUGCGCCUGGUCUUUAUUACAACGAAAUUCCAUUGUAAUAUAUUUUUCUACUAAUUUUCAUGUUCUUCUGGACUCCGUUAGGCCGACACGAGAAAAGCUUCAAGGCAGCUUAAAAUAAUGGAGUGUUUUAUUUUGCAAUAUAUUUUGAGGAACGUCGGGCUUUUUUUAAUAAAUUUAAAAAAAAAAUCUGCAA